AAAACCAGUCUGAAUCUAGGUCUAUUCAAGGUCUAAAACUAGAUAAUAUAUUAGUUUAACCUCAUUUUUCUAGCUCUUGUAUUUCUGCAUUGUUUUAUGUUUGUGGUUCUUUUAAAUUUUCAUUCAGACUUAUUUGUGUCUUCAUUGAUUUUUCAUACAGCCCAGUAACCAGAGUUUGUGCUGGUAGAUGAAAGCUCAGACAUCUUCUGAGGCCUGCGUUCUGGCUGUUUCAGCCACUAGGUGGAGGCUGCAGAGUGUGUGCAGCCUCCAGCUGUUCUGAGAUCAGCGAUGCUGCAGCAGCAGACAUAAGGAGAGAAGAGAGGCUGCCGGGACUCAACACACCGAGCACGUCGGAGCUGCAGGUAGAUUCAGUCCCAUCAGAUCAUCCAUCAUGGCAGUGCUGACGGCUUUCCUGGCCUUUCUCCUUCAUCUGGCUUCCUCUCUGACGGCUCCUAUCCCGUGUGAGGAGAGGGUUAUCCGUCUGGAAGCAGAGAUCAGAGGUCUGAUGAACGUGAUCAACGACCAGCACCGCUACAUCCUGGAGCUCCACAACACCCAGUCGCUGCAGCUGCAGCACCUGCCCAACGCACACCUGGGCCCCGAGAACAUGUACAGAGACUGCUCGGAGGUGUUUGAAGACGGGAACGUGGCCAGCGGGCUGUACGUGGUCCGACCCGACGGCUCUCCCACGGCAUUCAGUGUCUACUGCGACAUGACCAACGGAGGAGGAUGGACGGUCUUCCAGAGGAGGACAGAUGGAAAAGAGAAUUUCGACAGAGCCUGGGUGGAGUACAAGCACGGGUUUGGAGACCUUUACUCUCCAAAAGGAGAGUUCUGGCUGGGAAACGAGCCUCUGCACCACCUCACCUCACAAGGGAAAUACGACCUGCGCAUCGACAUGGAGGACUUUAAGGGGAACAGACGCUUUGCAGAGUACAAGAACUUCAGAGUGGACGACGAAAAGGACCAGUACCAGCUGCAUGUGGGGGAGUACACCGGCGAUGCAGGCGACUCUCUGGCCGACGCCCGGAUGAUGAACAUGAACAGUCCGUGUGAGGACGGAAUCAAGUUCAGCACCUACGACCACCCCAACUACGUCAACGCCGACAGAGACAACGGCCGCUGCGUCAGACUCAGCAAGUCAGGCUGGUGGUUCUGCCGGUGUGACUCCGGUAACCUGAAUGAUCAUUACUACAACGGACCCUUCAAAGCUAUGACGGACGACGGCGUGGUGUGGUACAUAUGGCACGGCUGGUCGUACGCCAUCAAGUCCGUGGUGAUGAUGCUGCGGGCCGCCGACCUCAAACAGCCGCCGCCCAUCAUCGCGCGGUGGCCGGAGCAGUUUGUAGAGUACGAUGGAAAAAAGAAUCGUAAUUACCAUCAGUAGGCUGGAAGCCUGAAGAGGCUCAGGUACACACACCUGCUGUCUGUGUGCAUCUGCUUCACCUCAAAUAAAAGAGUUGCUCCAUUU